AUGACUCGACAUCAACGACCAACGGGACAGGCAACACCACAAGCCCCCGACCUCACGCUCAACCUUAGCCCCGACCUUCCAGCCUGUUGCCACGGCAUCGCAUGUCGACUGCCCGGAGGCAUCCACUCCCCCUCGGAGCUGUGGUCCUUCCUCCACGCUGGCCGCGACGCUCGCGGCCCCGUGCCCGCCUCGCGUUACAACAUCUCCGCGUUCCAUUCACCGCACAAAAAGCCUGGCACCGCCAUUGCUCAGCAGUGGUACUUUCUCGAUUCGACCAACGACCUUGCCGCGCUGUACACCUCGUUCUUCUCCAUGCCGCGCCGCGAGGCCAUCGAUGACGCCGGCGAGACGCGGUGGAAGGGUACCAAUGUUGGCGUGUACAUCGGCUUCUACGGCCAGGACUUGUACGAUCUCUUGGUGCGGGACACGCAGGCCCGUGGUAUCUACCAAGUCCUAGGCCAGAACGACUUCAUGGUCUCGAAUCGCCUCUUCCACGAGCUCGACCUACACGGCCCCAGUGUGGCGCUACGAACUGCUUGUUCCGCUUCCCUCAUCGGUGUCAAUGAGGCAUGCAUGUCCAUUGCGCGCGGCGACUGCACAGCCGCCAUCGUUGGCGGCACCAACAUCAUCAUGGCCCCAGCUUUUACCGCCGCCAACUCGGAGCAAGGCGUUCUCAGUCUCGAUGGCUCAUGCAACACCUUUUCAGCCAACGCAAAUAGCUACGGGUGCGGUGAGGAUAUUUUCGCAAUCUACCUUAAGCCCCUGGCGGACGCGGUCAGGGCGGCAACCCUGUCCGCGCAGUUGUGA